AUGGGUAGCAUCGCCGCCGACACCAACACGGCAAUUCCAGAGCUCCGAUGGGGUAUUCUAGGCACAGGAUGGAUCUCCACCAUGUUCGUCACCGACAUGCUCGCCUCCUCCCCGAGCCCCCCAAAAGCCAAACACACCAUCGCCGCGCUCGGCUCCUCCUCGCUGGAGAAGGGCAACGCCUUCGUGGAGAAGCUGUGGCACGGGAAGGAGGGUGCUGGGGCACCCAAGCCCGUCGUGUAUGCGGACUACCAGGGCGUUUAUGCGGCCGCGGACGUGGAUGUCGUGUACGUGGGCACGCCGCACUCGCUGCACAAGAAGAACUGUCUGGAUGCCAUCGCGGCGGGGAAGCACGUCCUGUGCGAGAAGCCGUUUACCAUCAACGAGGGGGAGGCGCGUGAGGUGGUUGAUGCGGCGCGGAGGAAGGGGGUUUUUGUCAUGGAAGCCGUCUGGACGCGCUUCUCCCCUCUAUUCACGGCCCUCCGCUCCGAGCUCAUCGACAAGCGCUCCAUCGGCGACGUCGAGCGCUUCUUCUUCGACUUUGGCAACUACAUGCCGCUCGACAGCCUCCCGCCCACGUCGCGCCUGCGGGACCCCGCCCUCGGCGCCGGCGCCCUCCUCGACAUCGGCAUCUACACGCUGACCUACGCGUCCCUCAUCAUGGGCGACUUCAAGGUCGGCCAGGCGCACCCGCCGCUCGCGCGGGUGGCCUCCUCGCUCAGCAUCGUCGACGGCAUCGACGAGUCCAACGUCAUCGUGCUCGAGUACCCGACGACGACCGGCGGGGGCAGCCGGACCAAGACGGCCAUCCUGUCCUCGACCUUCCGCUACCGCUCCGCGGGGGACUUUGCGCGCAUUGAGGGCUCUAGCGGGACGAUAACGAUCUUUGGGCGCGCGGGCAGCUUGCCGGAUGGGUUCCGCGUGGUGGAGGGGCCGCAGCCCGGGUUUGGGGAGGAGGAUCAGAGGGAGGUGAGGACGUUCAACGUGGAGCGCCCCGAGGGGGCUUUGGGCUUCAUCUGGGAGGCGGAUGCUGUGGCGCAGGACAUUGCCAAUGGGCUCACCGAGAACGCCGUGAUGCCGUUGGAUGAGAGCCUGAGGAUGAUGAGGCUGAUGGAUGGGAUCCGGAAGGAGGGCGGCCUGGUGUAUCCGCAGGAUAAUUGA